CGCAGGCCCGAUCCGCCGCCGCCGUCCGGCCCCAGCGAGGGCGCGCUCCCCGGGGACAGGCAGCGGGGCUCCUCGGAGCCCACGGGGCUCAGCUCCACCUCGGAUAGGUCCUGCUCCUCGGCCAUGUCGCCCGCGGCCGCCGCCGCCUCGGCCACCUCCCCGGGGACCGCCGCCGGGGUCCUUGCGAAGAGUCCAACACCCACCUGGAUGGGAGGCAGGGCGCGAUGGAGCUGCGGGCUGGGCGCGCAGCCCCGACGGCGGCCCGGGAUUGGAAGCAGGCACAGCCCCGAGGCUCCUGGAAUUUCCCACCUUUUCUCCCACCUUCCCUUCCCUUCUGCCUGCCCCGAUGGAGUCUAGAGAAGCUGGUUGCGGGACAGAUGCGGGUGCCAGCCUCCCUCCACCCCACGCCCGGCUGCGGGGUCCCAGGCCUGGGCCCAGGCAGGGAGGAGCGGAGGCGCGGGCUGCGCACUCACCUCCUCGGACCGCUCCUCCAGUCUGGGGCUCGUCCUUAGGAAGUGGAAAACCGUGUCCCAAGGCUGCCCCUUCCUGGCUCAACUUAUACAGCAAGACAGAGAUCUUGGGUCCACACCUGGUGAGCCAGGGGCCUGCUGGACAGACAGCCCUUGCUCAGCAGAGGUGCCUGCCUUCUCACCAGACCCCAGCACACAGAAGGGCUGGGCUGGUCCCAGGUAAGGGGGCCAGGUGUCUCUUUCAAAGGUCAAAGCCCCUCUCUUCUCAGCAGGCAGGCGAGUGUCAAGGCGCAUCCCAGUGGCGCCCGCCCGGCCUCAGAACCGCCCAGAGAGGAGCCGCCCUGGAUGGACAGAGGGACGGACGGAGGGACGAGCAUCCAGUCGGUUGUGUCCGCUUGCCCGCAGCAGUCUCCGACACUCGCUUCUGCCCGCCCGCUGCCCGCCUGCCUGGCAUCUCUCUAUCCCGUGACCUGCCUGGACAGGUGACAUCCUGCCUCCAGUCCUGUUAACCCUCUCAAAGGCCAAGAUGGGACUGAGGGCCUGCUCAUCCCAGCUGUCCCUGGAAGGAGCUUCACUUGGGACCAGAGACAUCAGGCCGGCCCUGCGGAGGCUGUAGGCCCUGAGCCUGCCACAUUCUGGUGGAGAGGCCUCUUGGCUGCCAGGGCCGGGCUGAGAGCCUCAGGAGGGAAGAUGGUCUAAAGCCUAUUGGUGGAUCAGCCCCCAAAUCAAUCCCAGAUUCUCCAUUUCAGCUGCCCAUCCCAAAGCAGGGGAGUAGACAGGAAAGAUUCCUGGAUUUGGAGUAUGGCACCCUGGGUUGGAAUCUCUGGCUCUGUAAAAGCCAGCUGUGUGACCUGAGGGGACUCCCAACCUCAGCUGGGACCGAAGCCCCGGGUGGUUGUGAAGUGAACCUCAGUAAUAAUAAGGGUCAUGCCUGUUGAAUCUUCCAUAUGCCAGGCUCUGUUCUAAGUACCUAAUUUGUACCAUUUAAUCUUCCCAAGUACUCUGUGGGAUAGGUGUCGUUAUCCUUUUAGUAAUGAAGCUUGGGUAAAACGGUGGCAAAGGAUCUGCUUGCCAGCCUCUGCUGGGAACUGGGCAUACUUCUGCUUUUGCCACCUGCUCAGCAUACCACCUCCUCCUCCCAGAGCUCUGCCCUGUCUGUCCUUCCUAUACCUGCCCAGCUCCACCACCACCACCAGGCCCACUUCCCUGGGCUCCCCCAAACUAGGGACUAUGGCUUGCUCAUCCUUACACCCCAGCAGCCAGCAAGGGGACUCGGAGCGCCCACUAGGGCAUCAGCAAUCUGGCCCUGGACGCACAGCCCAGGCAGCAGCCCAGGUCGCCUCUCAUAGAGCCCGUUGUGGGCUCUGGCCACACCCUUGAGGGUCAUUAAGAAGUCCUCCUGCAAUGAGGCCGGCACUCCAGACAAAGCCCCUGGCCUGAAGGCAUCGUGGAGCCCACUCCUCCUCUGCUGACACUACCAGCCCGCCCCAGGAUGCUCCAGGAAGUGCUGCGCAUGACACCCGCCCCCACCGCCACCUCCCAGAGAAGGGACCAUUGUGUCCGAAGGGUUAACGAGGGAUGUGAGGAAGGGGCCCUUUAGCCAUGAUGCCCUCUGACCUUUCAUAAAUCAGAGGGGCUGGGGGUGAGGGGGCUGCUUGGCAGGACUUGGUGGGAUGGGGGCUUAGAAGCAGCUGCGCGCGACGUUGACAUUGUUCCCACCAUUCUAAGUGCAACAAAUCCCUCUAUUGUGUUCCUGGUUUAUCUGGUUCCUCUUGUUUAUUAGCAGGGCUUCUUUGGCAGCGGUUCCAGCCCUGGGCGGGUGGAAAGAGUGCUGGCACGCACCGCGGGGG